UGGGCAGUUGUUGGCAGUUGUGGAGCUGUGUCCUCCCUCUCUGCAUCACCACUGGUAGUGCUGCCACGCGCCGCGACACUCUCGUCUUCCUUCUUUCCACACCUAGAGUGGUGAGUGAACAGGUCAGGGAGCCAAGCCGUGUGAGCCAUCCUGCCCUCCCAGCCUAGUCAGGGAGCCAAAUGUGACCCGCCCUGCCCUCCCAGCCUAGUCAGGGAGUUAAGUGUGACCCGCCCUGCUCUCCGAAACCUUGCCAGGAAGUCGCCCAGCCCGCCUCAGCCUCCCCGCCCUACUGUCGCCUUGCCUCCCAGCCUGCUGCAGUAAAAAGGGCCACACCAUCACCGCCAUUCACCAGAAACUGCCAUGCAUCUCAUAAGCUGAACCACUGCUAAGUGAACACGCGCGCGCGACCAACUACACACACACAUACACACACACACACACACUCACACACACACACACACACACACACACACACACACACACACACACACACACACACACACACACACACACACACAUAAAAACACACUCAUACAUUCGCUAAGGAAGUAAACGAAGGAAAAGAACGGAAUUACUCACGGAAAAGGAAAGGAAAGAAAAGGAAAGAGAGGGAAAAGCAGAAGGAAAAGAGCUGUCCUCCCUCCCAACUCACCACCACAGUCACCACCAUCACCACCACCACCACAAUGAUCCGCAGACGGGGGCCGGAGGAGGGCGGCUAUUACCUGAAGAAGCUACAGGUGGAGGAGGAUUCACAGAGCAACAAUGGCGAGGUGCCGGAAAUGACGGAGCGGCUCUUCAAGGUGAUCAUCAUCGGUGACCCCACGGUGGGCAAGACGUCCUUCGUGCAGCGCUAUGUGCAGGACUCCUUCAGGCGGGACUACAAGGGCACCGUCGGCGUGGACUUCGCUCUCAAGAUCCUCAAGUGGUCAGACUCCGAGACCAUUAAACUGCAGCUGUGGGACAUUGCCGGCCAGGAGAGGUUCACGUGGAUGACCCGCGUCUACUACAAGGACGCCCAAGGCUGCAUCAUCAUGUUUGACCUCACCAACCGCAGCUCCUUCCUCAACACGCUCAAGUGGAAGAAGGACGUGGACUCCAAAUGCACUCUGGACGACGGCUCCCCGAUCCCGUGCAUGCUGUUGGCCAAUAAGUGUGAUCUGCCGCACCGCCAAGUGGACCAGCUGGAGAUCGAGAGGCUGUACAAAGAGCACAACUUCACUGGCUGGACGGAAACUUCGGCCAAGGAGGGAUUGAUGGUGACUGACUCCAUGAGGUUCCUCGUGGACGUUAUGAUGCGACAGAAGAAUGACGCAGACAAUGACUCUGAAGAAUCUUCGUUGCGCCUCACCCCAGCCGAGCCUGAACUUAGCAGGACCUGUUACUGCUGAGCUUCGCUCUACCUCUGCGCUCCUGCUGGUGGAGGUGCGAGGUGCGGGGUCGAGGCGCGUGACACCGUCGUGGCGCGUCACAGGUGUACCUCAUGUUCCUUCACGGAAAACUUGGGAGGCACCGGAGGACCUCAAGAUUCCAACCGAGUGGAAGCUAGACGGGAGAGUCGCAGUGCCUUCCUUCUUUCCGUCUUUGCCUUGUUCGUUCCGUCCUUCCUCUCCUGGUUUUGUUUUUCUAUCACUCUUUUUCACGCAGGAGAAUCGCAUUGCUUUUUCUCGUUCUCUCCUUCCUCUCCUUAUUUAUUUUUACUAUCACUCUUAUUUUUCACACUGGAGUCUAAUUGGCUUUUCUCUUUCUUUUUUUUUCUUUCAUUCAUGCCGUCCUUCCUUUCCUGGUUUCGUUUUUCUCGUGAUUCUCUCUUUCAUUAACUUCAUUUCCAUAUUUUUUUCCUUGCACUUCUUUUCUGUCAUUCCGUCUCUCUCUCUCUCUCUCUCUCUCUCUCUCUCUCUCUCUCUCUCUCUCUCUCUCUCUCUCUCUCUCUCUCUCUGGACACCAUCAUUUAUUCCGUCUCUAUCGUCCUCGUAACUUCGCCCUCCACCCUCAACUCCGCCCCACGUUUGUUAAAAAGAUGAUGUGUCGCACCGCCUCCUGCUGCUCUCUUACGACUGUGUGUAUGUGUGUGUGUGUGUGUGUGUGUGUGUGUGUGUGUUGACCGGCUACAGUGAGUGACCGCCGCUUACAACGUCGUCUUCCACCAAAACACUGCCAACACCACCAUGCUUACAUAAAUCACACUUGUACACCAAAGACCUACGCCGCCACCAUCACCACCGCGGCAUUGACACCACCACCACCACAACUACCACCACCCAUCAUUAAACUACCACCGUCGUCCGUAACAGCAACAACAACAGCAACAACAACAACAACAAUAACAAUAACAACAGCUACCGCUAAUAUAUAUAUAUGUAUACAAUACCAUCACCUUUGUGGGAGGAAAUUAAUAAUAAUAAAGUUUGCAUUUCUGCAUUAUACAAAACAGUG